AUGUCUGCGUCGGUGUUAACGAGAAAUGGUUGGGCGAACCUUCUAAUUCUACGAUUAAAUACAUUGGUACAGCCAUUUGGAUACCUCUCAGAGAUUGUCUUUGAGAAAGAUCAAACGAAGGUCAAACUGGAAUUCUUUACUCUCCAAAAACGUAUAUCUCAAGGCAAGGCUUUGGCUAUCGCUGCUCUGGCAGUGGGCUCCCUUGCCGACUCUGUGCCCAGAUACAGCCCUCCUACUCCGUCCUACAGCCCACCUACCCCUGUUUACACUCCCCCAACUCCAGCCUACAACCCUCCUGCUCGUGCCUAUAAUCCUCCUACUCCUGCAUAUGGUGCACCCACGGCUUCGGGACCUGUACAGUACAACUUCAAUUAUGAAGUGAAAGACGACUAUUCUGGCAACGACUUCGGCCAUCAAGAAGGCCGUGAUGGCUACGACACUCAGGGUACCUACUACGUCCAGCUCCCCGACGGCCGCCUGCAGACAGUCACCUACAACGUGAACGGCGACUCUGGAUUCCUGGCUGAUGUAUCCUACCAAGGAGAGGCUCAGUACCAGGCUCAGCAGCCUUCAAGACCCUAUCAACCCGCUCCUUCUCCAUCCUACCAGCCUGCCCCUGCCCCAUCCUAUCAGCCUGCCCCUACCCCCGCUUACGGAUGAAAGUAAAUGAUAAUGGAAAACCUUUUAAAUUAUCAUGAAUCUGUAUCUGAUGCCUACAAUAUUACUACAAUAUUAGUCAUUUUUUAUAUACGGUUUUACUGAGAGCUUCUAAAUGAAUAAAAAAAGCGACAUAAUUUUCAACA